AUGGAGAUCCGGUGGUUUAAGGAGACAGACUGUGUUUGUGUCUAUAAGAACAGACAGGUGACAGAGGGGAGACGUUACGAGGGCAGAGUGAGUCUGUUCACUCAGGAGCUGGAGAGAGGAAACGUCUCCUUACAGCUGAGAGACUGUACACGGUCAGAUUAUGGACAUUACCUGUGUCAGGUCACUGAUGGAGACAGAACAGAGGAGAUUACAGUAGUGAUGGACCCGAAGGAAGCAUUAAAAUCUCUGGAACAUAAAGACCAACAGCUGGAGGAUUAUAAAAGACAAAUAGAGAAUAAAGAUACAGAACUGAGAAACAGAGAGAAAAUCAUCGAGGAGAAAGACGCACAACUCAAAGAUACAAAUACAACACUAGAGAAGACGAGUAAAGAGCUAGAGGAGAGAGACAGAGCUCUACAUGAGAGAGAUCAACAACUGAAACUGAAAGACACACAGAUACAGGAGACACAAAUACAAGUGGAGGAAAAGGACAACAGACUUGUGGAGAAGGAGAAAGAAUUAAAUGAGAAAAAUGGAGAGCUGAAGAUUCUAAAAGAACGUUUAGAGACUAAUGAGAAGACUCUUUCUGAGAGAGACGCAGUGUUAAUGGAAACUAAUAAUAAACUUCAACAUGCUACUGAACAAGUUAAAGAGAAAAUCUCACAACUGGAGAAUAUGAACAAACUGCUGAGUGAGAAAGAAACACAGCUAAAGAACACAGAUAAAGAGCUGGAAACCAGUAAAAACAAACUGGAGACACUGGGACAGGAGCUGCAGGAUGAGAAGAGACAACUACAGGAGAUGAUGAUCGUACUGGAGCAACAGAAAACUGAGUUAACAGAAAAAAACAAAGAGCUUAGAGGGAGAGAGAGACUUCUAACUGAGAGAGAGACACAGCUAAUGGAGAGAGACAAACAGCUUCAGGAGAAAGACAAAUACCUGACAGAAAAUCAAAAAAUGCUUCAGAUGAAGGACAAGACACUGGAAGAGAAGGACACACUGCUCAGAGAGGUGAAAGAAGAAUUAGAUAGAACAAAUCACAUGUUAGAAGAAAAUCAGUCUCAGUUGAGAGAGAAAGAAAGACAACUGGAGAGUGUAAUGAAAGAGCUAGACACCAGUAAAACCAAACUGAAGGAGGGACACAAAGAGCUGCAGGAGAAGGACAGACUUUUAAAUGAGAGAACUGAUAGGACAUUAGAGGAGAAUCAAAAAGAGUUGAAAUACAAAGAGAGACAAAUGGAGAGUGUGGAGAAUGAACUGGAAUCCAGUAAAAACAAACUAACUGAACGAGACAAACAGCUUCAGGAGAAAGACAGACUUCUAGAGGAGAAAACACAGCAGCUGCAGGAACAGACAGAUCCAGAAUCAUCAGCCCCCAUCAGGAGAAGAAACAGCAAGGAAGGGUUACAUCCAUAUAUGAGUGGAGAGACUCAGGACUCAGCAGCACCAAUCAGGAGAAGAAACAGUAUGGAGGGAACUCGUCCUUCAUUAGGUGGAGAAUCGUCUAGUCCACAUUCUCCAGUGUCGGUUCCUGUAGCAGAACUGAGGCUGGUGCUGCUGGGGAGGACGGGGUCUGGGAAGAGUGCAGCAGGAAACACCAUCCUGAGCAGAGAGGAGAGGAACCAGGCUGCUACAUCUACAGCUACAUCUACAUCCACCCAGCAGAGUGAGAGCACACAGGGGGAGGUGGCUGGGAGGAAGGUGACUGUGGUGGACACUCCUGACUGGUUCUCUCCUGGACUCUCUCUGGAGAAGCUGAGACAUGACGUGGGACUCUGUGUCCAUUUGUCUGCUCCAGGACCCCACGCCUUCCUCCUGGUCAUACCUGUAAAGCAGUCUACAGGGGAGGAGAGAGGGAUGCUGGAGAAAAUGGAGGAUAUUUUUGGAGAGAGAUGUUGGAGAAACACCAUGAUCAUAUUCAAUGUCACUGAUGAACUUCAGAAGAAGAACAUUGAGGAGUUUAUUCAAUCAGGAGACCAGGAGGUCCAGAGACUGGUGGAGAAAUGUGGGAACAGGUUUCACUGUCUCAACAUUAAGCAGAGUGGCGAUGGUUCUCAGGUCUCAGAGCUGCUGGAGAAGAUAGAGAAGAUGGUGGAAGGAAGCAGAGAGAAAUUCUACAGCAGUGAGAUCUACCUGGAGACAGAAGCUCAGAUUAGAGUGUUGGAGACUAAGAUCCUGAGGGAAAGAGAAGAAAAAAGAAUGAGAGAGGAAAUUGAAGUGAAGGAAAAAAUAGAUAAGGAGGUGCAGGACUCUCUGAGAAAAAUGGAAGGAAUAAUCCAGGAGCAUGAAGGAGACAUCAGACAACUGAAUGACCGAACAACUGAACUGGAGAGAAAGAUGAAAGAAGAGAGAGAUGAAGAGAAAAAGAAAGAACUUGAGAGGGAGCUGAAACAAGAGGUAGACCGAAGGGCAGAAAUGGAAGAAAAGGUGAAGAAACUCAAAGAAAAGAGAGAGAGGGAGAGGAGAGAGAUGGAGGAGAGGCACCAACAGGAGAUGGAGGAGAUCAGGGAGGUGUAUGAGGGAGAGGUCAGGAUGGACCUCAUAAAGAUCAUCCUGCCUGAACUCCAGAGAAACAUUUUGGCCUCUAAAACAAAGAUGCAAGAAGAGUUCAACAGACAGAUGGAGGAGAAGAACAGAGAGCUGGAGACUCUUGAACAGAAACUUUCAGAUCUCACAGAGACUCACAGUCUGUGUAAAGAGGUUUAUGGGAAAACUGUGAGCAGCUCAGAGUCAGAGAGAGCAGCUGUAACAGGAGAAGUGUCGAAGGGAAUCUUUCAGUCAUUGACUGACUAUUUUGUCACUGGAUAA